AUGUUACAAAACGACGCUGUUCGAAAUUUACAAUUUGAUAGUGAAAUUCGUGUCGCUCAACAAAAUAAUCCGGAACCAAGAGUUUAUGAUGGCCCCGUCAGCAUUACGUCACAACCGAAUUCUGCUGCACGCAUACCAUUACCCCUACCAGUCUCCACGGUGGAUAACAACUUCUCCACCACACGCACUUUCAGCAUACCCAUGACUGGUUAUGACUUUUUAACAGAUUUGCCGUCAGUGCAUAUUGAGCAGACAUUCGAAUUAAAUUCAGCUUUGACCUCUGUGUCCUCUGAGAAUCGCUAUGUGGUCCGCUCACCGCUGGGCGAUGCCGUUUAUGCUGCCUCCGAGAGUUCAACGUCCAACAAUCGUUUACUAUGGGGCUCUGCACGACCAUUUCAAAUGCAUUUACUGGAUAAAACGCACCAGGAAGCGAUGCUGUUUCGUAAACAAUUUGCUCUCGGCUCAAUUUGUUGCCAUCCCAAAAACUUAGAGGUCUGGACAAUGCCUGGCAAUUUAUUGGGUCGCAUAGUGCAUUCGCCAACAUUCUUCAGACCCACAUACUUUAUACAAGAUGGUGUUACCGGUGAGCCGAUCUUCUGCAUUGAGGGACCAGAAAAGUCGGGAUUUUGCUGUUUCUGUUUGCCAAAAGAGUCGUUCUUUAGGAUUCACUCUGGCGGUGAUUUGCGCGCAUCCAUAGACCACAAGUGGGUGGCCGGAAAAUCGCAGUAUACCACAAACAUAUAUUUUAGUGAUUCCAAAUUAUCGGCAAAGGAACGUGCACUGAUUUUGGGCGCGGCAUUUUUGUUGGAGUACAUGUACUUUCAAACACGGUUCUGAGCGACCAACUACAGUUUAGUAACGUUACUAAUAACAACAAACAUCAAUAUUCAUUUCCUCUCACAUAUGCAAGUGUGUACGUACUCUUCUCUAUGUGGCAAAGUACUGUCGCUUCCACAGCAGGAGCACAUGUAUUUUCAAACACGGCUCUGAGCGAACAUCCAUGACCAACUACAUACAGUUUAGUAACGUUACUAAUAACAACAAACAUCAAUAUUCAUUUCCUCUCACAUAUGUAUGUAAUAAUGUAGGUACUCUUUUAUAAGCGGCAACAAAAUACUGUCACUCCCACAGCAGGAGCACAAGUACUUUCAAACACGGCUCUGAGCGAACACCCAUGACCAGCUGCAGUUUACUAACGUUGCUAUAACAACAAACAUCAAUAUCCAUUUCCUCUCACAUAUGCAAUAGUGUAUGUGCUCCUUUAUAUGCGCCAACAAAAUACUGUCACUCCAACAGCAGUGUACCAGGAGUGUAACACAAACAAAUAAACAGAACCAAAAAACUGUAAAAUUUUCUUUUUAUAUUGUAAAUUAAAGCCAUUAUGUAUGACAUUUUUGCUGUUUUCGUUUUUAUUUCACUUUCAUCGGCCCUGUUCUUAUAUAUUUUUAUAUAUAUUUAUAAUUAUGUAUUUGUAUAAGUAAUCGUAUAUAUUCAUUUAUAUACACAUUU